AUCCUCACGAGUCACAAGCAGCGCCACGCCACAUCACGCCACCAGCGGCGCCAGAUCUUACUCCCACGCAGACGCCGCCCAUUCCCCACACCCGCGCUAUUCUCAAAGAGUGCCACUGCCCGCCCCCGCGACCACCUCGACUACUAGGCAGGCCGGCCGCGUCCGUCAUGGCGCGCCCCGGCGGCCACCGCACCCGUCGCCAACCGCCUCCGUCCAGCCCCGAGCCGCGGGCAGCCACCCCCCAGCGCCCCGGGUCCGCCUCCCACCGGCGCGGCCGCCGGGUCCGCGUCCAGAGCCCCUCCCUCGCCGCCGCCCGCCGCGGGGCCACCCCGCCACCGCCCCCUCCAGAGACCCCGCCGUUCCGGUGGCCUCUGGACGCCGGCGAUGCGGGCGCUGGCUCCUCCUCCCGCGCGGGCGCGGGCGCGGCCCCCUCGAUGAGGAAGAUCGCCGCGGCGCUGUGGCGAAUGCAGCCGCCGCAGGCACCGCCGCCGGGACCCGGGAGGUCGAGACGGAGGGCUGAGUCCAUUCCAAAGCGUCCACACACGCCUGAUCAUUGUCAGCACUACAAAGCAGUUAUCCAGGGGAGGACAGGGAGUAGGACUACUAGCUAUAUCCCACAUGAGAUGGAAGCUCAUUCUGCAGUGCGUCAAAUAGAAACAGAAGUGGCAACAAAGUGGAACCAUCAAUUCAUGAAAGCUUCCCAGGCUGCUGACUAUGAUUACUGUGAACAUAAUCUAAUGGAUGCUGGUGGAGAAAUCUAUUCACUAAGGGAGGAGCUUAUGGUGGCUCAGGACCGGAUUCAUGAGCUUGAAUCAGAGUGUCGAUCUACAAAGAAGCAGCUUGAUCACUUGGUGAAAAAUCUCGCUGAGGAAAAGUCUUCCUGGAAGAGUAGGGAGCAUGAUAAGGUUCACCACAUCUUAGAUGCUGUUAAGGAGGAACUCAACCGGGAGAGGAAACAUCGACAGCGGGCAGAAAUGAUGAAUUCUAAUCUGCUCAAUGAUCUAUCUGAGAUGAAGUUUGCAGCGAAGCGUUAUUUGCAAGAUUAUGAGAAGGAAAGGAAAGCUCGGGUGCUCAUGGAAGAGGUUUGUGAUGAAUUAGCAAAGGAGAUUGCAGAGGACAAAGCUGAGGUUGAGGCUCUGAGAAGUGAAUCAAUGAAGAUCAGAGAUGAGUUGGAGGAAGAGAAGAAGAUGCUCCAGAUGGCUGAGGUUUGGCGUGAAGAGAGGGUGCAAAUGAAGCUUGUUGAUGCAAAGCUGAUACUUGAGAACAAGUAUUCUCAGCUGAGCAAACUUCAGGAUGAACUUGAGGAUUUCCUUCGUUCCCAGCCAGGCAAUCCGGAAAAAGGAACAGUAAGGGAAGCAGAAAUGCUCAAGGAAGCAAUUUGCUCUAUGAAGAUUAAUGGCACCAAGGAAUUUUCUUACAAGCCCCCUCCUCCUUCAGAGGACAUUGUCGCUGUAUUUGAAGAACUCAAGCAAAGGGAAGAUGCUACUGAGAAGGUGAUUGUGCAAUGUAACGGAAAUAGGCCCAAGAGUCGUGCAUCAAAAACCCAUACAGUGGGUCCUGAAAUUGACAUGUUCUUGGAAAAUCCAGCAAGCAGAUAUUGCAAUCAGCCUCACACCAGAAAUGAGGCGGCGGAAGAUGACAGUGGAUGGGAGACUGUCAGCCAAGUUGAGGAGAAUGGCUCUAGUAAUUCACCAAGGGGAAGUGAACCAUCAAUAAAUGGCUUCUGUGGAGAAAAUGAUGCUUCCGUGAGUGGAACAGAUUGGGAUGAUAAAUGUGACAAUGACCAGGCACAUAGUGAGAUCAGUGAAGUUUGUUCAACAGCAGGGAGGUACCGGAAUAAAAGGUCAUUUGUCGGACUCUGGAGAUCAUCAAACAAUAUUGAUCAAAAGAAAAUGGGAGCUGAGACACUAAAUGGUGAAGUAUCAAAUGCCAGGAUGUCAAAUGUUGCUGAAUCUCCGGAUCUGAAGAAGGGUGAAGCGUGUGACAGUUCACCAAGCAUAGGGCAAUGGAGGCCAGACCUGCUAAAUCCGGACAUUGUUCGAGCGAUAAAAGGAUGCAUUGAAUGGCCUCGAGGAGUGCAGAAGCACAGCUUGAAGUCCAAGCUUCUGGAGGCAAGGAUUGAUGGCAGUAAGGUCCAGCUGCGGCAAGCACUGAAGCAGAAGAUAUAGCACGGUCAGUCAGCCCCAUUCUAGAUGCGGCGAAGAGAAUACCAUGAUCCGUCUUGCUCGCGGGGCUGCUUCAUCUGGAGCAGGCAGCGCCCUGUGGGAGGAAUUGUUGCAGCAAAUGGCAACUUGGUGUUAUCAUUGACCGUACCCGAUUGGUGCCUGAUGGCCCACCGGCUCAUUUGAAUGAAAUUGUGGUGAGCCUGGUGUAAUCACGCUUGUCCCGUGUAAAUGUAUUUUAGUCAAUAAUCAAUGCAAUCAUUCGAUCACACUAGUUGAUAUCUUGUAGGCUAUGUCUGCCCCCUUCUUUUGUUUCCCUGUUGAGGAUCCGUGUUGUUCUAACUUACUGGUGAGGAAAGGAAUGGAGAAAGUGGACACGGAUAUGUUUUGACACAGCUAGUACUCAAGUCAAAAGCAGAAUUCCUUCUGUCACAGCAAGCAGGGUAACGUUAAUGUGCUAUCUAUCCGUCGCCUCAUGUGUUUGGUCUGUGCGUUUACUCACCUCUGCAAAAAUGGAGCCAACUGCU